AUGGCGGACAAAAUUAUGAAAGAGAAGGUCAAAAGGCGAGAAAGAAUGUUUCAGGCGCUUAAGCGGCAUGUGCAAUUUCUAGACGCAUACGAGGUAGAAGCGCAUUACGGGCAGGUUCAGAGCAGGUUGGACAAAUUAGAGAAAAAGUUGGAAGAGUUUGAGGCAAUCCAAGAGGAAAUAGCAGAGUUAGAUGAACAUGGGGAAUAUGAAGAAGAAACUAACAGGGUCUCCGGCAAGUUUGAGCAUGAAUACUAUGAGAUACGAGCGGCGUUGUUGGCUAAGAUAGCACCUAGCAUUCAACCCAUAGCAAAUUUAGAUACAACAAUUGGUAGAAGCCACAAUACUUACAGUGGGGUUCGUUUACCACAAAUUUCAUUGCCUGAUUUUGACGGCGAUUACACAGGGUGGCUUUCUUUUAAGUCAACAUACGAAUCACUUAUUCAUGAGUCAACUGAUCUCAAUGAUGUGCAAAGAUUUCACUAUUUGAAGUCCGCUCUGAAGGGUGAAGCAGCUAAACUUAUAGAAUCGUUGACGAUCACCAGUGGAAACUACGCGAUUGCAUGGGAAACUAUUACUAAGCGAUACUCGAAUGAAUACUUGUUAAAAAAGAGGCACUUACAGGCCUUGAUGGAAUACCCUAAAAUUGAGCGGAAGACAGCUGCUAGUAUCCACGGAUUAGUGGACGAGUUUGAGCAACGAUUAAAGGUUUUAAAGCAAUUGGGUGAAAAAACCGAAUGUUGGGGUGCAUUGUUGCUACACUGGAUGUGCUCAAAGUUAGACUCGCGUUCACUGCAGAUGUGGGAGGAUCAUGCAGCUUCAGUAAGUGAGCCAACCUUCGAAGUUUUGGUAGCCUUUUGGGAAAAGCGCACAAGGGUGCUGGAUGCUGUAUCAACUAAUUCAGUAGAGGAAAGUUCUCAUAAGUCAAUGAGCAAGCGUCCAAGGAUAGCAAUAAAUGCUACUAGAACGGGUGAGCGACCUACGAUUUGCCCAUGCUGCAGUGGUGACCACUAUAUGGUUCGUUGUGCUGCGUUUUUGAACUUAAAUAAUAAAGAGAGGCUAGAGCUAAUAAAUGCUAAGCGUUUGUGCAGUAAUUGUUUUCGAACUGGACACUGGGUGCGGGAUUGCAACUCCAAUUUUACGUGCAGAACAUGUGGACGGAAGCAUCACUCGCUCAUUCAUCCGGGCUUCCCAACUAACACAGUAAGCACUGCGAUACCGACACCUUCGAUGGAAUCCAAUCCAAGAGCUGCUACGAAUGUUGCGGCGAGUGGAACUGAAGAUGAACAAUUCGAGGCACCGGAGCAAGAGGGUAGGGUCAUAUAG